AUGCCCCUCGUGGAAAUCAGCUCUAGCCAAGUUGUUGGGGCUACCGGUGUUUACUGAUAAAGUUUGUUGUAUGUAUCAGUAUGCAUGAUUUAUUGCACGACUUGUUCCGCAGAAUGCAGUUAUAUGCAAAUGAUGCACGGAAUAAACUAUCACGAAUACCAUCAAUGGCAAUUAAAUGAACAGAUCAGAAACAUACUGUUUUUAUCACAUAUGUAUGUCCGCCAAACAACAAGAGAAAUGAAUAUCGCACCUGAACCAUAGUCAGCGCUGAAUAAUUGCCUGAACGAAAAAUGGGCUAUAUACGAUUACGUUUUAACAAGUCAUGGACAAUGAAAGCAUUUCUUCUUAUUGGGGUAAUAUUUAUACUUUUGAAUUCGUUUCUAUUUAUUAUAGUACCAAACUUAUAUCCGCACGGCUAUGCGCAUUAUCUUUACGGGGUACCGGUCGAACUGCCCGAGUGUGAACCAAAUAGCGAAAAGUAUUAUCUAACUUUGACAGCAAUCGUUAGAAACCGUGCAAAAUAUAUGCCAGAAUGGAUCGAAUUCCACCUCAUGCAUGGAGUUGAGCACGUAUAUUUAUACGACAAUAACUCCACUGAUAACUUGGAGGAAACGCUAAGACCUUACAUUGAGGCGAACCUUUUGACAAUUCAACAAUUUCCCAAUAAAGUAAUGAUCCUCUUCGAUGGAACUGAGGAAAUACUAACACAGAAAUUAUUUUUAAAAAACACAAUUGAAAGUCAUGCAUGCGACACACGUUGGAUGGCCAUGUUGGAUUCGGAUGAGUUCAUUCUUCCAGGAGCUGGACGUGGAAAUAAAAGUUUGCGAGAUAUACUAAAACUUUAUGAAGCCUACUCAGCUCUUGUGAUGCCUUGGGUCUAUUUCACAUCAAAUGGCUGGGUAAGAACACCUCAAGAUAAGCUCAUUAUUGAAGCUUAUACGAGACGGUGGAAAAUACCCAAACAUACAUGGAAACAAAUAAUACAACCGAAGCGUACGAAUCGAGUAUAUUCUUCGCAUAAUUUCGGCUCAGUUUCGGACUACUAUGCCGUCAACGAAAACAGUGUACCUUUCGCUAACUGGCCGGCAAUGUUUAAUGGCUUCAUGACCAAGAAUUUUUAUAAGUCGGAGAAUUUUUAUUCCUAUGACGUCAUAAGAUUACAUCAUUAUAAAUUGCGGUCUGCGGAGGACUGGGAGCGAAGAAAGGUGAUCGGGAAAAUUACUGGGACGGAUACGGGCUUAGGAAAGCGUGCAAUGAAAGAGCAUUGGGACGAAUAUUUCGAGCUGGACGCCGUUGAGUCACUGACAGAUAAUACUAUGUUGGAAUAUGUUGAGCCUUUGAAAGAUAAAAUGAGAAAAAGAUUUUUAUAAAGCUUGUUGACACAUGAGUCAUGACUACAUAAGUAGCAAAAAUAAUUAAAAGAAAAUACCAAUUGUGCAUGGUUGUCCUUUUUUGUAUGUUCAAUAGUCAUAUAGCCUUUAAGGUAUGCCAAAAACAGACGUACCUUUUAGCCACAAACUGUCAGUAUAGGCUAUAGGGUAUGGCAAAAACAGUUAAACAGGCGUACUUAAACUUUGGCUGUAAGGUACGGCGAAAAUAAACAGGCGUACCUUUAAGGUACUGUCUUAUGGCGAAAACAG